AUGGCCUCUGUUGGAGAACAUAGCUGUUCGUGCUGCAGCCUUCCCGUCUCUCCCAGUGUUCACCAGACAGUUAACGAGAUGGAUUUUGAACGAGGCAUCUGGUCGGCCGCGAUGGAUGGAGACUUGAAGAGAGUCCAAUCAAUAAUCCAAAAAGGCACCAAUCCAAACCUUAGGGACUCCGCUGGAUACACAGCUCUACACUAUGCAAGUCGCAGCGGUCAUUUCACUGUAUGUGAGUUUCUACUAAAGAAAGGUGCUUGUGCAUCUCCUCAGACACCAGGUGGUGCCACGCCACUUCAUCGGGCAUCAUUCUGCGGUCAUGUGAAUGUUGUCAGAUUGCUGCUGCACCAUAAAGCUGAUCCAUUGACCACUGACGAUGAUGGCGCAUCACCUCUACACAAGGCUGCUGAACAAGGACAUGAAAAUGUCUGUCAACUGCUUCUUGAGGCCUGUCCUGCCCUUUGCAGUCAGAAAAACAAGAGGCUUCAGCUACCCUACCACAUGGCCUCUGAAGAACAUUUGCAAAAGCUCUUAAAACAAUUCUUGUAA